AUGAGCCGCGUCCCACCCUUCCGCGGCGGUUCCAACUACCGAGGAGCCUACAGACACGGUAGUCUGCACGACCUCAUAGUGGACCGGGAGUUCCACGGCGGGCUCUACAACCAAUACGGUCCAAACUACCAUGGCGUCCCAUCAGCGCGUCUCGGGUAUGGAGGCUCCUGGCAAGGUCGCGCGGGUCCGAUCUUCUACCAUGACAUGCAAAGACACUGGAUGGGUAUGCAGAGGGGCAAUGUCAGGAACUAUGGAUAUCUGAAUCCUGGAGGCUUUCGUUGA